GUAGAAUUGAUUUCUUGGUCCACACAUUCGAUCGAUCACACAAACAUGCAUAUGCCAACAAGGAUGAUCAACCUUCAUCUCUGUCUCCUCCCUAUUGCUCUAAUCACCUUCAUCUUACUACGAAUUUGUGAUGGGAAGGUGAUGAUGGAGUACAUCGGAGCCACUGGCGUUCCCAUCACAUUUGAUCGUGUUCCGGUUGAAGAUGGCAUCGACUUCCAUUUCAUACUUAGCUUUGCAAUCGAUGCAGACCCAUCGGGGAAGCCCCAGAAUGGCACAUUCUCACCAUAUUGGGCUGAUACAUUAACCCCAGCCUCCGUUGCAGCCAUCAAGGCACGCCACCCCAAUGUAAAAGCCUUAGCUAGCCUCUCCGGCUGGAGCCUCGGCCAAAAAGUUCUUCGUUGGUACGAUCCGGUAGACCCUCAGCUUUGGAUAUCUAAUGCAUUCUCAUCCCUCCGAUCCAUAGUGACCAAAUACCAUCUUGAUGGCAUCGACAUUGACUAUGAAAAUUUCCCAAAACACAACUCAAGUAGCACUUUUGCUUACUGCAUGGGCGAGCUGAUUGCCACGUUGAAGAACCAAAGCGUAAUUUCCAUAGCUACCAUUGCACCCUUUUAUGCCACUACAAUACCCUAUAUCCAGCUCUUCAAUGGCUAUGGAAAUGCCAUUGACCAUGUUAACUACCAAUUCUACACCGACAAGGUUUCCACUCCAAAGGGAUACUUGGAAACCUUUAGGGUUCGUGCUAGGCAAUUUGAUAGGGAUAAAUUGCUGCCUAGCUACGAAGUCAAUGGAAAAGGAAUUCAAGGGGAUCCAUUCUUUGAAGCCUUGGAUCUUUUGAAGGAAAACGGAUUUGAAGUUAAUGGGGUGAUGAUCUUCUCAGCUGAUGCUUCCUCUUCCAAUAACUUUUACUAUGAGAGGAAAUCACAAGCUUUCUUGCUCAACUCUACUAGUGUCCGAUGA